UCUGUUCCAAAAUAGCACCACUAAUUAGUUGGUUUGUGCACUAUGUUGAGGUAGGCAUCCUGAAUGAUUUAGUGUAAACGGUGCACAGUGUUGUAGCCUAUGAGCGACAGGGAGGACACCGGAGAGGACAACCGCAGGACUUUGCGAUCAGCUAGAGGCCCAAUAACUCACGUGUCCCUAGGACCGGAGGGUGAUAGGGAAUUGUUCCGCCGGCAAAGGGAGAGGCAACAGCAGAGGAGAGCUAGAGCAGUCGAGGCCAGCAGGGCAUUAGCUAGCGAGGCCGGUGCUACAACAGCCAUGGCUACCACAACCAUGAGCACGUCUGCGCAGCAGACUUCCCAAGCCGGUAGUUCAGGUACCGCCGGGUCCACGGUCGCGCAGACCGUGAGUCAGUCCACUGGCUUAAUGGCAAGCCAGCCCGCGGUGUUGACCCCAGAGGAUGUCCCCAUCCAGCAGGCAGCCCUGCAAGAGGCACAGCUACAGCAGGCAUUAGAACAGAUAAAAAGGGAGAAGGAGAUGAUGAUUAGAAGAAGGACCAUGAUGCUACGGAGAAGGGCAGACAUAGAGGAGUUAGAGUCGAUGGACCUGACGAACAUGGAUGACGAUGUGAGGGUAGUUAGGAGGGCCCUGCUAGGAGUAAUAGAGAUGCAGGAGCAUCAAACUACCAUCCUUCAUGAUAUCCAGCAGAGCCUAGCCAUUUUGGUAGGGCGUUCUCAGGGAGCACCAUCACCGGCAGGGCCUGGUGCCUGGCCCGUGCCAUAUCCUCCUUUUUCUGUUCCACCGGUGAUUGGGGUUUCCCCAUAUGUAGCCCCGUCAUCGGUUGCUAUCGUUUCCCUGGGCAUGCCUCUGUCAGGAGGGGUAACAGCAGGGAAUAGUGUGCAGGUUCCUGUACAGACAGUGUUCACCCAGAGUCCGUUGUAUGUUGCAGUUACCGCGCAGCCUGCUGUCUCGCAACCUAUGCAGCCACAGGGCACACAGCCCCAGCAGCUAGCACAACAACCUGUAUCACCGGGUCCACAGCCCGGGGUGGUGCAGGGACCGGGACAAACUCAGUGGGUUCCAAAGACGGCCAUCGCCGCUCCYAAACCUUUUACAGGGGACAAGAGAGGCGAAGACCUCGACACUUGGUUGAGGGCAGUGUCGGUCUACGUCAGGUGUAAACUCACCUUGCCGCACGAAGAAGCGCUUGUGGCUACAUCCUACCUAGAGGGUAGUGCAGCAAGAUGGUUGAGUGGUUUAGUACAACUCCAGGGGCACGGUCAUGACUUCCGCUCUUGGGCAGCCUCUCAGAAACUGGAGGACUUCCUGAAGAUGGUGGAAGAGAGAUGGCAUGAUCCUCAGGAGGCCCAAAAGGCCACUGACACGCAGCUGUUUAAGCCGGUUAGGGAAGCCACUGACGCUGUUGAGCGUCUAAUCUGUGUCCCAGGUGUGCGCUAUGACCCCCAGCAACAUCAGGAGAAGGGUAUGUACUUAGUUUAUGUCUCUGCUGCAGGCGAGCCGGUGAAAAUACCGCCGGAGAUAGAGGGAGUAGUUGGCAAGUACCCUGAUCUAUUUGAAGAGCCAACAGGGGUUGUUGAUAGGGAGGUCGUCCACGCGAUAGAGAUUAUCCCAGGGUCUAGUAUUCUGAAGGGUAGGAUCUAUCGGAUGUCUCCAAGCGAGCUUGAUGAGCUUCGCCGCCAACUCAAGGAACUCGUAGAGAAGGGUUGGAUCCGGCCGAGUGUCUCUCCUUGCGGAUCUCCAGUACUAUUCGUACCUAAGAAGAAGGAGGGCACUCUCAGGAUGUGCAUUGAUUAUAGGGGUCUCAAUGCCAUCACUGUAAAGAACAGAAAGCCCCUACCGCGCAUUGACGAUCUGUUAGAUAGAGUGCAAGGGUGUCGGUACUUCAGUAAGAUAGAUCUGAAGUCCGGGUACCAUCAGAUUGCAAUCUGGCCCGAGUAUCAACACAAAACCGCAUUUCAGACCAGGUACGGUCUGUACGAGUUUGUGGUGAUGCCUUUUGGCCUUUGCAAUGUUCCUGGCACCUUUCAACACGCUAUGAAUUGGAUAUUCCAUGACUACCUAGAUAAGUUUGUCGUCGUGUACCUCGAUGACGUACUUAUUUUUAGUAAGACUGUCGAGGAGCACGUUGCACACUUAGACAAAGUUCUCAGUCUCCUGCGACAGCACAAGUUCAAGAUCAACGGUGAAAAGUGCGAGUUUGGCCGCACCCGUAUCUUGUACUUGGGUCAUGAAAUCUCUGCGGAAGGGUUGAAGCCCGAUGACGUGAAGGUGGUCAUCAUUCGUGAUUGGCCACGACCUCAGUCUAUGACUGAGAUGAGAUCUUUCUUAGGAAUGACAGGCUACUACCGGACUUUUGUAAAGAACUAUAGCCUAGUGGUCGCUCCUUUGACUGAUCUGACCCGCCUUGGCACCCCGUGGGAGUGGACAAAAGAGUGCGAGGCUGCAUUCAGACAUCUGAAGCAUGCACUAAUGCAUUAUGAAGUCUUGAAACUUCCCGAUCCUGAUAAACCGUUUAUAGUAACCACGGAUGCUAGCCAAUAUGGCAUUGGCACCGUGCUUGCGCAGCAGGAGGGGCCAAAGUUGAGGCCUGUCGAGUAUAUGUCCAAGAAAAUGCCGUCUCAGAAGUUGGCUAAGUCCACCUAUGAGAAAGAACUCUAUGCGGUGUUCAACACGCUGACCCAUUGGAGACACUAUCUCCUUGGGAGGUUCUUCAUCCUCAGGACUGACCAUCAGACCUUGAGAUGGAUGAGAACUCAGCCUGUACUUUCUGACGCAUUGAAGCAUUGGAUAGAAGUCAUUGAGCAGUAUGACUUUGACCCUCAGUACAUUAAGGGUGAGUACAACAAGGUUGUUGAUGCCUUGUCGCGUAGACCUGACUUCUCAGGUGCACUGAUUACUGAGUACGAUCUUACUGAAGAUGUCACUCGAUCCUUGGUGGAAGCCUAUCGAGAGGACCAGUUUAUGUCUGAGAUCGUACGCAGACUCGAGGCGAAGGAUAAACAAACUUCAGUCGAGUUUGAGUUAGUCAAUGGCUUGCUGUUUCUCGAGAAGGAAGGGAAUAAACUGGUAGUUUGUCGCGAUCAGGUGGCGGGGCGUACUAUUGUGGUGUACGGGAUGUCAAAGCAUAGUGAUUAUCGUCCGAAUCGUGAUUUUGGCUUCGUGGCGUUCAUCAACCGUCAUGGUUAUCGUCAGUAUGAGGUAGAUGCAAAUGGGGUGUUGGUACUACGCUUAAAGUUGGGUAUGGGCUAUGUAGGUGAUGAUUUACGGGAUGCAACAGUUUUUGUGACGAAGUUACAUAACGAUGUACCUGACAGUUAUCGUGGUAGGGGGGAAGAUAUUAUCGAGGGAAUUAUUCGUUUUCUUUUAUCAGUCAUAGCUUCAGAGCUUGAUGGUCGUAUGACAGGGAUUGCAGAAUGGGAAGCAAUUCUAGAUGCUCCUUUGGUCGGACGUCCCUAUCUCCAUGGGGAAUUGCGAGUGGAUAUGUAGUUAGUCAAGAUUUACGGGGCCACCUUUAGUUGUGUGAGAUUUUAGCCGACACAUCAUUUUUUUCGGGGGGGCAUUUGGCGGGAUGUGCGGUUUCAGU